AUGCGCGGGUUUAUAAUCCUAGCCAUGGUGCGUAUGAAUGUACUGAGUGAUGCCCUAAAGUCAAUUCACAAUGCCGAAAAACGGGGCAAACGGCAAGUGCUUAUUCGGCCUUGCUCUAAAGUUAUUGUCAAAUUCCUCACUGUGAUGAUGAAGCACGGGUACAUUGGUGAAUUUGAAAUAGUAGAUGACCACAGAGCUGGUAAAAUAGUAGUGAACCUUACAGGCAGGUUGAACAAAUGUGGGGUUAUCUCUCCCCGUUUUGAUGUACCUAUCAAUGAUAUUGAAAGAUGGACUAAUCUGCUUCCUUCUCGACAAUUCGGAUACCUUGUCCUGACAACCAGUGGUGGUAUUAUGGACCAUGAAGAAGCCAGGAGAAAACAUCUGGGAGGAAAAAUUUUAGGUUUCUUUUUCUAA